GAUCAAUUAUUACGAAAAUCGGCGUGUUAUUUGUUCUCGGGAUGUACGGUACAGUCGACCCUUUGAAAGUCUCGUGUAAAACAGAAACGAAGUACGAUCCUUUGGACAUUAUCGCCAUAGAUUCAUGGCAUGUAUCAUUGAAAUCACCUUUUCGAGACCGUUUGGUCUAUUCGUUCCCACCACCCCCUCCCCUACCUCUAAUCUAACAAAAGAAUUUUUAAUUUCUUCCAUGGCGAUAUUAAAGCUAUCUCCGUUAUACGUCUCUACACGUUCAAGCACAAACUCACCUAAAAUAUCGAUAAUCUCGUGAGUAUCGUUGAAAAGAAACAAUACGCGCUAACCUCGGGACACAUCAGCAAGACGUAGAUUAAUUUAUUACGCCCAUUCAGAAAACAUACGUCCUCUCUCGUUGUUCCUCCACACAUACACACACGCACACACAUACACACUCGCGCGCGCGCGCGCGCGAACGAACGAACACAUACAUAUAUACAUACAUACAUACAUACAAAAUACAAACACACACACACACAUGCACGUAUUAACACCGUGUCUUCUGUUCGUCGCGUGGAAAAAGUGACAUGCAUGAUAAAUUUCGAUAUACUCCAGUAUGUGCGUUUGUAUUGGAGCACCAGACAAUAUAGAUGUGUGGCAGGUGCAAUGUUGCAUCCCCCUGAUGCGCGCGACUACGUUUAUAUAGUAGCUCUAAUGUCAUACCGAAGGCUACUUCUUAGUAAUUCACAAAGGGUUCACUCUUCCGUGAAGUACAGUAUAUGGGUACUUUCCAGGCGAUACCUAGCACGUACCUUGCUAGAAAAAUAUUUGUAGAGACUUGGUGGAACGAGAGCAUGGCUUCUGGUGCAUCAUCCUUGGGUAGCGCUGGAGGUAGUGAUGGAGCAAUAAAUAUGGAAAGAGACAAUGGAGGCUACGGGAGCGUUGGAAAUCCUGUUGGGAGUCCUGAAUGUCGUACCGAUUAUGAGGGCUUACAAGCUCAGUGUGAUAAAGCAAUGCAUCAGCUUAAGUUACUUAGGCAUAAGCACUCCGAUACUGUUAGACGGUGUGAACAUACUAUGAAAGAAUUGGAGUAUUAUCGUGGACAACAUAUAGCAGUCAUGAAUCAAUUAGAAGCGACGUCUCAAGAAAGUUCUGCUCUCCGUGGAAAGUAUGGAGAUUUGGUAAAUGACAAACAGAGACUGGACAGAGAAGUGCAAGCAUUACAGAAAGAAGUGUCGGAAUUGAGAUGUCAGAAUCAAGAAGCUCUUGUUUCCGACAGCAACAAUGGAGAUAUGAAUCAGCAUUAUUUAUCUGCGCUUAGAAGAUAUGAGGCCAUCAAGGACGAAUACGACUCGCUUAGAAAGCGAUACGAUGAUUUAAUAGCAUCUCAUUCCUCCGUUGUUAACAAGUUGGAAUUAUCGCAAGAAGAAGCUGCAAGAUUGAAGAAACAGUAUGAUGAAAUUCUCCAAGAACGUAACACUGCCGUACGUGAGCGUAAUGGGUUGAAACAACAAUGUACCGCUGCUAUAAGGCAGUGGGACAUUGCGUUGAGGGAGAGAAACGAGUAUAGAGAAGCUCUUGCUAAAAUGCAGCAACAACACGAAGAAGCAGUGAAAGAAAUUAAUCAAGCUAUGGUGUUACGUAUGAAAACAAGCAAAGAUAUUAAGCGGCUUACGGAAGAAAGGAAUGCUGCAUUACAAGAAUAUAGUUUAAUUAUGGGUGAAAGAGAUACCGUACACAAGGAGAUGGAGAAACUUGGCGACGAUCUGACCCAAUCGUUUACUAAAAUCACACAUUUAGAGAAUCAAAAUAAACAACUUGUUGACGAGAAAAAGACACUGUCCUAUCAGAUAGAAACUUUGAGGAGAGAGAUAUCAUCUGCUCUUCAAGACAGAGACGAGUCUUUAAAGCAGUGCAAUGAAUUACGUCAAAAGUUCGGUGAUUAUUCCGAAGGUGCGAACAGAGACUACAAGAAUCGUUUGGAGUUGCAUUCUUAUAACCGAGAACGAGACAACGCGAGCAAAGAGGCCGAACGUGAAACAAAUAAUGGAGAUGCAAAGAGAGAGAAAGAACGUAUGGACAAUAUAGACCAAGCUAAUUUAGAAUUAGACAAGCUUAGAAAAUCGGUAGACACGUUGCAAGCCGAACUGGAGGAAGCGAUACAAGAGGCAGAAGUAUCCAAACGAAGGAGAGAUUGGGCAUUUAGCGAGAGAGAUAAAAUAGUACUGGAGAGAGAGAGUAUAAGAACUUUGUGCGAUAGAUUAAGAAAGGAACGUGAUCGUGCUGUUUCGGAAUUGGCAGGUGCUUUGCGUGAUUCUGAUGACAUAAAAAAACAACGAAACGAGGCUUCGAGAGAGUUGAAAGAUUUAAAGGAGAAGCUAGAGUCUGGCGACGCAUUGAGAGCAAGUGUCUUUGGGCAAGGUCUUGCGCAUGGUCACGACAACACUAUCGAUGCGGAACCCAACGAGUGGGAAGUACUUACUAUCCAUAUGGAUUUGAGCAGACUCGUGGAUACUGAUCGUGAUCUGGGGAUAAUGUUAGUGGGGGGACGUGAUAAUCCAUAUUACCCUAAUGAUACGGGUGUUUAUGUAGCACAAGUUACACAAGGAAGUACGGCCGACGGCAAAUUGAGAGUAAACGAUUGCAUCAUACGUGUGAACAACGUUGACUGUGCCUCAGUAUCUUCAAGAAUGAUAUUAGAAACGCUACGUUCUUGUGCCGUGAGUCCGACAACGUUGACUAUAAGAAGACGAAGAUUAAGUAGAAGAUCGUUGAGGACUAUACAGUUACCUGUCGGGUCUAUUCCGCAUGGAAUCGCUUUGGAGCUUGGUAUAUACAUAUCAAAGAUAUCACCUGGCAGUUCAGCUGCCAAAGAUGGAAAUUUGGCUGUUGGCGACAGAGUCUUGAACAUCAAUAGCAAACCGAUGGAAGGAAUCAAUUCGGCUCACGAGGCAAUGACUAUCUUGAACGACAAUACAACGGAUGUAUUAACGAUCACCACGCUUAAAGGAAUUCCUUUAUCCUCUGCUACCAGUUCGGAAACGAUGCCGAUCAGUGGCAGUUUUGCAUCGGAGAAGCAAAAGAUGGUAAACAGUUGUUCGCAAACCGACCAUGAAAGAUUGAUGUUGAAAACAACGUCGGACGACUCCGAUAGAAGAUACAUUGGCUCGAACUUCGGAGACAGGAGCGUUUACAAAGUUUCGAAGUCUGUUAGCGGGGAAAAGCCAAGUGGGAUAAGUAACGCUUGGGAUAACAUAAGAGAAAAGAUCGAUUUCGUGAGGGGCCGUAAACCUAGCAAAGAUCGGGAUGACAAGAAGAAGAGACAUCCCAAUUCAAGUCCAAAUACGUUCGAACAGGAACAGGAUGCGAUAGCGGAACUCGAUUCGGUUAUAGAGAGUUAUCACAAGAAAACGACUAACGGCGUACUGAAAAGAAGUAAACGUCGUGGGACAGAGAAAAUGGAGAAAAACGGUGGUACAUGGCCCAAGGCUAGAGGUGGCCCAUUGAUACAAAAUGGUACCGGUACGAUAUUACAUCCACGUAAAACGAAGGAAAGGCUACCACUGAGCGUACUUCUGAAUCAUCCGCCAAAGUAUGAUAGUUACAACUAUAAUCGUAUUUCCAACCCUAUCCCCCUAGCUAAUUUCUCUAAUGUCAGUAAUCGGCAUACCGUAUACAAAGCCGUAGAAACACCGUUACCAAAUUUCAGCAAAUCGGGACAACUCUUUGGUCAGAAGUCCUUCACGCCGGCGGUACAGUUCAAGGAUAUUACGAUAGAUAAGAAAGUGACGAUCGAGAUUGAGAAUACUGAUAACAGGCUUAGCUCGGCUUUGGCGCCGUCCGAGACUAGUAUCGAUGUCUCUGUAAAGUCUGCUAAUAUCGGUCGAGACAUGGACUACUUCGCUAAAAAGAAAGCACAGAAGUACGCUAUGAGUAACGAUAGCCAGGUAGAAACGUUGCAACAUAAUAGAGCGCACUCUCAACUCUAUUCGGGAAUUGGGUCAUCGACUUCGUCCACUAGUGGACCUAGACAACAGCUAGCUGGUAAUUUCUCUUUUCCCCCCUACACGCAUUUGCAUCCGCAUCCACACCAGCAGAACUCUUUACCCUCGAGAUAUCCAUCACCACCGUCAUUGCCGUCUGCACAAUCCGGAGAGUCUAUAGGACUUCCCGAUGCACGAUCCUACUGUUUCGAGCCUCCGUAUAGUCCGGGCCCGCAAACGGGUUUUGGUCAUUUGCACACACCCUCCGUAGAUUUGCAUUACCACAAACCUCGUGCUCCACCGGUCGGCAUGGCAUACGAUGUGCCAGCGUAUACUCAUGGAUACGAAGGUGGUACGUUUCCAAGAAAAAAAGAAAAUCAACGUUUUCGUAUACCGUCCAAUCCUAGUGUUACGUCAAAAAACAGUGUUGGCAAACUUUCGACUGGGAGUAUAGAAAGAACGUCGGAGAGAGGCAGUCCGAUGCCAACUUUUCACGUGGAGGUUCUCAGUCCUGGAACGGGUAAUGGUAGUAGUACCGGAGGAACCAUCAGAGGAGGCAGCAAUAGCAAGAGAUCGAGUAUGCCAGAUUAUUGUUACUCCCAACCUCGACCAGCUCCUGGUGAACUACGCAGAGUUCACAUAGACAAAUCGGUCGAGCCAUUAGGCAUACAAAUUUCUUGUUUGGAGAGUGGAGGAGUUUUCGUUUCCACCGUCAGUGAACAUAGCUUGGCGUCCCAAGUUGGUCUUCAAAUCGGUGAUCAACUUCUAGAAGUAUGUGGAAUUAAUAUGAGGAGUGCUACUUAUCAACUAGCUGCCAACGUUUUACGCCAGUGUGGUAAUUCCAUAACGAUGUUGGUGCAGUACAGUCCAGACAAGUACAACGAACUUGAAGGAUCAGCAUCCUCUAGUUCUUCGGAAGCUGGUGGUGGAGAAGGUGGCACCAGAAGUGGCUCACCUACACCAUGUAACAGUCCUGAAGUUCCAAGGAAAACGACCAUCGAACCUUUGGAAAAUGCCGAACCUGAACGUGACACUACCACCACUACUACUACUACUUUAUUGAGUGUAAAACGUGCAGAACGAGAUAUCAGAAAUUCUGCUUCGUUGGAAGUUAGGUCUACGCAAGAAAGAGAACGUGAAAUCAGAAAUUCAGCAUCUUUGGAUAUCAAUAUUAGAAAACCUGAACUACGUAGUUCGGCUACUCUCGACAAUAUGCGCAAUUCCGCGACUCUUGAUACUUUACGUGUAACUGGGAGCACGCUGACACGUGCACAACUUAAUCAGGCUGCGACAACGUUGCAGAGACAAAAUGCAACUGUGAGGAGCCCGACGCAAGAAGAACAAAAUCGUAAAAGUCCAACUCCAGGUGAACCAAGAUAUUUAUUCAUUGAAACUAGGAAGUGUUCUAACUUAGGUAUAUCGCUCGUGGGAGGCAACGGCGUUGGUAUAUUCGUUCAUUCCGUGCAGCCUGGCUGUUUGGCAGAAGAAGCUGGCUUACGUACUGGUGAUAGAAUUUUGGAAUACAAUGGUGUAGAUCUGAAACAAGCAACCGCUGAACAAGCCGCAUUGGAAUUAGCAAGACCAGCGGAUAAAGUGACCUUAAUAGCUCAAUAUUUACCACAGCGAUAUAAUGAAGUCAAGGAUAAACCUGGUGAUAGUUUUUACAUCAAGGCGAUGUUUGAUCGAGUCAGUGAAAUGGGAGAUAGUUUGCAACUUCAUUUCAACAAGGAUGAUAUUUUGUAUGUGGAUAAUACUAUGUUCAAUGGUACACCUGGUCAUUGGAGAGCUUGGUUGGUCGAUCAAACAGGAAGGCGACAAACUUGUGGUAUAAUUCCAAGCAAAUUCAAAGUCGAAGAAGAAUUACUUUUGCGUCGAUCUUUGGGAGAUAUAGAAACGGAUGCUGGCAGACGUGGUACAACGAGCGCACGUAGGAGCUUCUUCCGUCGAAAGAAACAUCAACGUUCGUCCAGUAGAGAUAGUAAAGAACUAUCUCAUAUUACCGGAGUAAAUAUGGGCUGGUAUAGCGAUAGUGGAACAUUGAACGAGGAAAGUCUUCCAGCUAGUUAUCAGCGUGUCGAAAGACUCGAUUAUCCAGCUUUAAGACCUGUAUUAAUAAUUGGUCCUCUGAGCGAAUGCGUUGUGACAAAAUUAUUACAAGAAUUUCCUGGACAAUUUACAAGAUGUCUGGCAGAAGCUAUGCACUGUUCUCAAGCGACACUCGAACAAGGCUUAAGAGACUCACUUUACGUGGACUACAGGAAGAAAGGAAGUUAUUUCGAAUGUACCACUGUUCAAGCUGUCAAAGAUAUUUGCGAAAAGAGCACACACUGUAUCUUGGAUAUAUCAAUCGCUUCUAUCGAGCGACUUCAUAGACAUCAGAUCUAUCCAAUAGUCUUAUUGAUCAAAUUUAAAAGCACUAAGCAAAUAAAGGAGGUAAAAGACUCAAGGUAUCCUAGCGAUAAAGUCAGCGCUAAGGCUGCUAAAGAAAUGUACGAGCAAGCGCUUAAGUUAGAAGCUGAAUAUAGGCAUUUUAUUUCUGCUGUGAUCCCAGCAGGAGUGAACGUUGCCUAUAUAUGCACACAAGUCAAGGGAGCCGUCGAUGAUGAACAAAGUAAGGCACUUUGGGUUCCACGAGGACUUCCCUGACAUCAGAGGGGGGGUCCCCGUAAACCACAGUGGAAAUCAAUAUAAUUCCACCAGGGGGCCCUUACGUCGUGCAUGCUUAAAGAAAAAAUUAUGCUUUCGAACAUUUUUAUUUUUGGUCUUUUAUCGAAAAAGAUACAUACAUAUUUUCUGAAACUCGUUCUCAAAGAUUUUCACUUAUCGGUCCCAUUUUUGCGUUCGGUCUCACUUUUGUGUUGAAUUAAUAUUUCAUUGAUAAUAGAAAAAUUAUCAGGGUUUGUUUAUUUAUUUAUUUAUUUAUUUUAUUUUAUUUUAUUUUAUUUUAUUUUAUUUUUUUCGUUUUCUUUUACAUACGUAAUUGCGAAAGAAAUGAUCUCGUAAUAACAUCACACACAAUUUUAAAUGUAUAUAAAUGAUAACUGUGCAUAUUACUUUUGAAUACAAGUUAUUAAAAUAAUGAAAUUAUAUGAUGGGACAUUUUUGUUCUUUUUUAAUUCAUUACUUUGAGUUCUGGUUGAUUUAAAAAUGUAUUGGAAAGAUCGAUUUAAAGAUGUAUUGGAAUGAUUGAUUGGAAAUUGUAUUGAAAGGAUUCAUUGGAAAUAAUAUUUUAGAAAUUUUAUCAGACCAUUGAUAGGCGAAAUUUGAUAUCCGUCGUAUCGUGGCCCGCUGAUGGAUGAAUAUCGAUCAGACACACAAUCGUUUAGUUAAAAAAUCAACUGCUGUCGUGCCUGCACCCGUUGUUAUAAACUCUUCGAAUCAAUUUUAAUAUCUGGAAUAGAAAAGAGUGAUUGAAAAAUGAACUUUUAUAGUUCAUAGUAAGGCUGUACAAACAACAUGAUGUAUUUUAUGUUGAGAAAGAGAUACUUAUUUGUAUAUAAUUUAUCUAAACAAGAUUACACAAUAUUUUCUUAUUAAGUAUUAGUUAAUAAAUAAAAAGUAGUAUUAGAUUAUAUUUUAAAUAAUAUUUAUAUGUGCUUUGUGGUCGUGUGUGUGUGUAUAUAUAUAUAUAUAUAUAUAUAUAUAUAUAUAUAUAUAUAUAUGCAAAUAUUUAUAUAUGUAUAUAUAUACAUAUACAUACAUACACACAUAUCUUUAUUAGUUUAUUAUUUACAUACAUGUUGUUAAGUACAUGUUGUUACUGAGUUGGUUUGAAGAGUUAAAAGUUGUAAAUUGUUAAAGCAAGGAAUUGAUAGAGUUAAUGGAAUUGAAUCGACACUCAGUUCCUGCUAUCGAAUUGUAAAUAACUCGUAGGGAACAAUAGGCAUUGGUUAUAAAAAUGAACAGCAUAUUAAAACUCCUUCGUCACUUUUUAAACAAUUGCAAAAGGAAAAAAUAAAUUAUUUAAUCGUCAAUCGUUGAAUCGUUAAAAUGUUAUAAAUUUUUAAGUUCUUAUUAUGUGAUUCUUAUCGGACGAAAAGAUAUUUUAUUUUUCUAAAGUUUCUUUUUUUUUAUUUCGGAAGAGUUUUAAUUAAUAGUUUAUAGUUAUAUUUUAGAGUUGUGAUACGAUUCUAAAAUAAUCAAUGAUUAUAUUAUAGUUUUAUCGGUAUUUCCUUUUUAAGAUGUGAGUUAUCGUAUUAAGUUCGUAUUAUUAUGAUGUUUUUAACGAGCUUAAGACGCAAGAUUAAUUAUAAAUGCAAGUGAUAAUUAUUUAAAUAUAUUUUACGUGUAAUCGUGCAGUGUACUGAAGUAUCUAAAUCCAGAUGAAAUUGAUACAAAGAUAUUCUUUGAUCGUAUACGUCUGAUUUAAAAAUGCAAUCAAAAGGUAUUAUUAAUUAAUUUAUAUUUAUUAUUUACUACUUUAAUUUAAAAAAUAAAAAAUAAAAAACAAAAAGAAAGAAGAAACAUUUAAUUUCUAUUAUUUCAAAUAUUCUGGAUAUAGAUACAACUUUCGUCCAUUUUAAAUUUAACGAUACGUUCAAUGUAUCUAUCGUAUGAUUAUGUAUGUAUGAUGAUCGAUUAUUUAAAAACACAAACAUCCAUGUGUACCCGUAACUACUUCGCGAUCGAAGCUAGCAUUUCUUAAAAAAUUAAUGGUUGUUGAUUGUUAUUGCUAUCGACGGGCUGCGAAAUCGAUUUUCAUUGACAAAGAAUAAUGAAGAAAUUAUUUUUCUAUGACAUAUUUUGAGCGGCUCGAACUUUCUUGAAAUCGAAGAAUAUAUAUAUAUAUAUAUAUAUAUAUAUAUAUAUAUAUAUUAUUUCAACAGGAAUAUCAUUUAAAAUAAUUAACAUACAAAUCGUAUAUGAUAUACAAAAUUUUUAAACAAACAAAAAAAAAGGAAUAGGAAGAAAAGAAAAUAACCACAGAACACAGAUAUUGAUUUAUGUGAAAUUUAGUUUUUUGACGAGACAAUAUUUAGGCAUAAGUUACAAACGAGACCAAAAAUUAAAAGAAUAUUUUAAACUAAUUCAUAAGAAAAUAAUAAUUACAUUUAUUCUUAUUAUAGAGCCAGCAAACUUAACACAGAGUUAGAUAUAAUUUUUGAUACAACACCGAAAUGAUCAAUGAUCGAUAUAUAAUACCACGAUAUAGAACUGACUUGGAAUAUAAAAUAAUUAGGGGCCAAGUAUUCUCUCGAAAGGAAAGUUACAAUUAUUUGCUUUUUGUAAUUGAAAGCCUCUUCAUAAACACGGACAAUCUAAAAAUUAAAUUUAAGUCCAUUUGCAUAAAAAAUAUUUCUUAGAGAAAAACAAUGGCUCUUUUAAGCAUAAUUAUUUUACUUUGAUUAUAUUUUUUCUCUAAACUUUAUCCAAAAAAUGAAAAUGAAAUAUUUUCAUUAAGAUUUUAUUGUUAUAUAGAAUCAACAAAAAAGGCUUGCUUUCCCUCGUAUUUAACUUCGGUUUCAAGUUUUGCUCAAAUAUGUGCCUCGCUAAAAGAAAAAUCACAUUUUCCUUGUCACUUUCGAUAUAAGGAAAGAAAAAACAAAAAAAAAGAAAUGAAUCGAGGGCUAAGCGAAGCGCAAAAUAGUAUCAAAGAAGGAAAAAGAAGGGUAACGUGUGAUUAUGAUUAUUCUCGAUCACAGUACUGUGAUAUGUAUAAGAUUACUAUUUCGACGACAUAUCAACUUAACAAUUCUAUACGUAUAUAUAAAUAUCAAUAUAUGUAUAUAUAUAUAUGUAUGUGUGUAUAUAUACACAUAUUUAUAUACAUACAUAUACAGUAUAUUAUAAUAAAUGCAUAUUUUCGGCAAUACUUAUAUUUAGAUAAGUAUAUAUAGAUGUCGUGUAUUUAAUAACACACUUUUGAUAUUUUCGCACUUAAAGCACACAUUUUAUAUAUAAAAUUGUUCGACACAUACACACAAGUGCGUACAUUAUGAAAAAGAAAUGAGAAUUAUUCGUCUCAUUUUCAACAUGAUUGAUUGCAAUCAAAAGAACAAGUGAACAGAGAUACUUGUAAAGCAAUAUAUAUAUAUGUGUGUGUGUGUGUGUAUGUACGUAUAUGUAUAUAUAUAUAUAUACACCAUAUAUAUUGGAAAUUAUAAAAAAUAUUUAUGAAUAAACUGAUAUAAUUUAUUUUCGUCGGAAAAUUCUAUUAAAGCAUAGUAGUCUCUGUUUACCGUAAACUUUGUUCACUUGGAUCUCAAAUAUAGUAAUUAGAAUUUUACGUAUAAGACAUGAUUGGUGCAUAAGCCGGGUGCACUCAGAAUUCACGUAUGCAAUAAUAAGACGAUACUAAUAAUUAAUAAUCAUUGAAGCGUUGAUGGUGAUAUAUUAUGUAGCGGAGAAGCGGAAAAAACGGCGAUCUCGUUCGAAUGAUCAUGCGAUUGAUACGACACACGUCGUUGUUAUUGCGAAUAUGUAUUCCGAACGUAGAUCACGACUAGUCUUCGAUAGUAUUCUUCUAUCUUCUAUGUUAAAUUUUUUAGCGAUCAUGUGUAUAUCUAUUUCCUUUCCAUUAUACCCUCUUUUACCUUUUCCAUCCUUCGCGUAUCAUACUCCCUCCAAAAAAUUAUCAUCUGUGAUCAAUUUGACAAAUUUUUAUUUCCUUUUUAUCCUUUCUUCGCGUUAUAUCUCUUCCAAGUCUUCCAAUUGAUUAAAUCUACAUAAUAGUAUUGCUAUAUAAAAAAAAAAAAAAAAGAAGAAGAAGAAGAAGAAAGUAAUACGUUAGAUAUAAAACAGUUUUCAAAUAAUCAGGAACAAUAGAUAUAUGUUUCUAUUUAAGAGGUAAAAAUCGGCCCGUGAAAGAGUUCGCAUUUUUGAAAGAAAUGUCUUGUUUUUAAUUUUACAUCUUUUUUAUUACCUUUAUUAGACCGCGCGCGUUCCUUAAUUGUAAUAUGCGGUGUAAUAAUAAUAUAAAUACGUCAAUAACUUUUGCAGGCAAAAGUAACGGGUAAUGAAAUGAUGAUCGAUGCCUUCCUGGCGAUGCACCGAAAGAUUUCAAUUUGUUACAAUUUUCACGAGGUUUGAUACUACGAAAUGUAUUAUUACUAAUUAGUGAUAACAAUCCAUAGAAUGGUCUCUUAGCGCGAACGCGAACUAUAGCGAAUUAUUUAAAUCGAAUCAUUUGUUAUUAGAAAGAAAGAAAAAUCUUUGCAAUUUAACUUAGUGCAAUAUUUUUAUCGUCGUACGAUGAUAAAUAACUUUGUUAUUGAAAAAAAAAAAAAAAAAAAAUUAUAAACGGAAAUAUGCGUGUCGCAAUUAAAACUAAACCAAUGGAGUUUUAAUUAACAGUAUUUGGAUAAAUAAUUAAGAUGAGAUAUUGUGAACUCCGUCGAUUAUUGUGAUUAUUAUCGUUUACACCUUUUUAUAUUUAUAUCGCCCAGUUAUCCCGAUAUCCAUUGUUCCUAAUAUCAGGAUGUCAAAAGGGCCUUUUAUAUUCUUUCAUCACACUUUGUAUUCGAUAUAUUAUUAUAUCAUUAUUUAAAGGAAUAUAUUUUUAAAGAGUCAUAAAUAAGCAAGGAAAUUUUCUGAACGUGAAAUGAUUUGUUGUUCUUAAGAUUAUUUUCUUGUUUUAUUAUUUUUCUUUUAAUAGCCAAUUAUUGUCUUCCUAUAUUUUUUCUUCCUGCCAUACACACACCAUACACACGUAUACAGACAUAACACACACAUAUUAUACUGCCUGUCAGAUCCUUCGUUGUUCUUAAAAAAAAAAAAAGAAGUAAGAAAAGAGAGAAAAAGAAGAAAAAAAAAUAAAACGUCGUAGCUUAUAAUACGAAAUCUCCGCAAUAAAAUCCUGCCUGAUAUAUUGAAACAAACAAAAAAAUGAUAAGACAAAAAGAAAAUGAAAAAUGAAAAAAAAAAAUAUCGUUGAACAUCAUCGUGAUACGUACAAUCGUAAGAGAACAAAAUUGAAA